CUGCCGCCGCGGGCUCAGAUCGCUGAAGCGGAGACGGCGAGACCUUCUCCUGGGCUUCCUGGAGUGUUUUCGCUGAGGACUUGGCAAUUUUUCUUCCGCCUUUUCUGGGGGACUUCACUGCUUCCUGAAGACCGUGGAGGAGCGCCCCGUUCCGUGGGAAGGUGUUGGGCUGUCUGGCUCGGACUUUGCAGUUGCGCUGGCGACUGUCGUGGGCCGUGCCCGCUGUGGAUUAUAACUGCAUCAUGACUCUGGACGAGCUCGUGGCGUGCGACAACGCGGCGCGGAAGAUGCAGACGGUGACCGCGGCGGUGGAGGAGCUCCUGGUGGCCGCGCAGCGCCAGGACCGCCUCACCGUGGGGGUGUACGAGUCGGCCAAGCUGAUGAAUGUGGACCCUGACAGCGUGGUCCUGUGCCUCUUAGCCAUUGACGAGGAGGAGGAGGGCGACAUCGCCCUGCAGAUCCACUUCACGCUGAUCCAGUCUUUCUGCUGUGACAACGACAUCAACAUCGUGCGGGUGUCGGGCAUGCAGCGCCUGGCGCAGCUGCUGGGGGAGCCGGAGGAGACGCAGGGCGCCGCGGAGGCCCGCGACCUGCACUGCCUCCUAGUCACGAACCCUCACGCCGACGGCUGGAAGAGCCAUGGCUUGAUCGAGGUGGCCAGCUAUUGCGAGGAAAGCCGGGGCAACAACCAGUGGGUCCCCUCCAUCGCUCUCCAGGAACGCUGAGGCCCUUCCGGUCACAGACCUGCCGAGUUGCUGCCAAAAAAAUAACUUACAUGCUUGACCCCCUCCUCCCCAGAUCAACCCCCCAAAACAACCCAACCCAUGAGACCAUCAGGGGCAGAGUCAGAGUUGGAGGCUGACGGCGAGGAGAGGGGGUGUGGGGCCACCCCCCAGGCGGAGCUGGGGGCCGCGCCAGCAGCGGCCACCGAGAGAAGAGGAGAGGGGACCGGGGCCAGCAGGAGAGGGGACCCUGGAGCUCGGCCUUCGCGAUGGAGCAGAAGCCGGAGUGGGGGAGCCAUAGCCCCCCCAUCAUAGAGUCUGGACUCGAUGCUUGGCGGGUGGGGUGCGACUGAGCCCCCGCCCUCCGGAGAGGGCUGGCCGGGCUGCAGAGCAGGACCACGCCUCUGGACCUGGGGCUGUGCGGGUCGGGGUCGCGGGAGCGCCCAGUGAGCUGACCUGCAGGUCGCCGAGGCAUCCGAGGUGACUUCCAGCGUGACGGACACAGGGACUUGGCUGGCAGACGCGGCUCUAUCUGUAACCGCGAUGGCCUGUAAUAAACGUGUAGAGCCUC